GUACAAUUGAUAUCUGGGCCGCGCCAGAGCCAUGUCGCACGCACUUUAGAAUGGAUCAAGACAAUAGAACUCAAGACUCGGACCUCUAUGAUUCUCAUACCCUCGCCCCGAACAGAGAUCCCAGGCUGAGUAGGCGUUACGCGAUAUGGCUUGUUCUUUUUCUCUUGCUCCUAGUUAAUCUCACCAAUGGUAUCUCUAACAUUCCGCUAAACCGGCUCCUUGAGCGACGUCUCUGUCGGGCGUACUACGAUGCCGAUCACGAUGUAGAUGAACAGCUGUGCAAGGUAGAUAGCGUGCAGCAGGACUUGGCAUGGAUUAUGGGGUCCUUUGAGACGCUCUGGGUCGUUGGCGACUUUGUGAUGACCAUACCGCUCACUUUUCUAUCUGAAAAAUAUGGUCGGAGCAGAAUCUUAUUGCUCAACCUGGUCCCUCGGUUGUUCAUGCUGUUCUGGACUCUCAGCAUAUCCUACUUUGAAGAUUAUCUUCCGCCACGAGCUGCCAUUGCUGGUGCCUCUCUCUCCGUGCUUGGUGGUGAUACAGUUUUUAACUCUCUCAUAUAUGGGCUCGCAGCUAAGCUGACGGAUGAUGGCAUUACUCGUGCGAUAUACUUCAGUAGAAUGACGGCCUUGACCUCUGUUGUCGGCUUUCUGAGCCCUGCCAUAGCGGCAGCUGCCAUGACAAUAAAACUGUCUCUUCCAUUCUGGCUAGGGACCGUCUUUCUUUUGCUAGCCCUCCCGACUGUGCUGCUAUUGCCAGUCGAGGACAAACCCCCAGAUGAGCCGAAUGAAGCGCGACGUCCAUUGAUUUCUUCGCCUACAUUAAAAGCCCAGGCUUCCCGCACAUCGCUUGUAGCCUCCGUUGUUGACCGUGUACAUUUCCUCAUCUCCGCUGUAGGAAACUUCCAAUUGGCGCUGCUGCUUUUGUCAAUGUUCCUCACUAGUCUAGCGAGUGCAGACACGAAACUCCUAGCCCAGUACAUUUCGAAGCGCUAUCACUGGACAUUCGCAUCGGCAGGAUAUUUACUGUCGGCAAAAGCUGUUGUGAACUUCGUCCUGCUAACAUUCGUGGUUCCGGUCUUCCUCACCGCUCAUGGAAACGCAUCUCAGUCACUCUCGGAUAGCGCCAACAUCCGUUACACACGAUUCUGUCUAGUAUCCUCCGUAUUAGGUGCGCUUGCCAUUGGGUUGUCAAGCUUCAUAUGGGAGCUAGUGCCCAGUCUUGUAGUAUAUGCACUGGGCGUACCGCUCUCAAUUUUCACUCUCUCCCUUGCAAACUCACCGAAUAUGUGGGCGUGUGAAUCAAGCAGCGAGGCUGAGACGAGCAACCCACAGAGUCACAUCUUCUCCAUUAUCAUGAUGGUGAAAACCCUCGGAUCACUCAUAGGAGCUCCUUUGAUGGCCGCAUUGUGGUACAAAGGUAUCCAAAGUUCUCUGUAUGGUAGCCCAUACAUCGUGUCAUCGCUCAUAUACCUUGCGGCAUGGGGUGUCUUUUGGAACAUCAAGGCGUGAUGAAAGAGAUGAUUAUCUAAUUUGAUACGCGCGGGUCUUCUACGUUAGUUAGUCUUGAAGUAGAAUGAUAAAAGUAAUUUGAAGCUCACAAACCAGAGUGAGAUCAACAGUCUUAGUACCUGCAUCAUCUUGGGCCAUUCUAGGUUUGUCCAUCAGAGGCAGACGAGCAGACCUGCCCACCGCACACCGCACACCUGCAGACAGUAGCGUACGAUCUGAAAUUAGCCUUUAGAUGCCCAGCUCAGGUCGAAAAAUUCCUCUUUCUCCUGUUGCCGAUUUUCCGUUGGCUCGCUGGCGCAACAGAAGAUUAG